AUGCGAGCGUUUCAAGCAGGCAACUUGUCCGGCGUCGACCGUCGACUCGCAGUCACGGCAUCGCUCCCUACGCCAACUCCGCCAGAAGAAAAGUUCAACAUGUUGAUCGCGUACAAGUCUGCGGUUGCCACCUUUCCCCUCCAAGUCAUCCUCGAUAGCCUGGCGACAACCCACCAACCAGCUACUUGGACGACCGCGAAGAGUGUUUGCCGCGACUUCAUGCGCGUCAAGAAUGUCGGGAUUAGCUUCAAUUGCACGGAUCGCGAUAUGGUCACCAGACUUGGCGGUUUGAAACUCAUGAUAUGUGGCCGACCGUUUCCCAUCCGGGAAUAUUCCGAAUACUCGCAUCUGUAUUGGAUCGACCUGACGCUGGCAUCCGAUACUCAACCCGAUGACAUCUGGACAUACUUCGACGCGCGCGGGGAACCACCCGUAAUGAUCAAGUCAACAUUCGACAAGAAUUCCAUCCAAUCGCGCCAUAUUACCGUGUAUUUUGAAACUCGAGACCCCCCCAAGUGUCUGAUGUUUGCACCUAACGACCCAGUACGAGAGCUCUUCGUACAUGGGCCUGAAUCACCCCCGACGUUUGUACAUCAUCGCAUCACGCGAUACAACAAAACCGUACCCCCCAGUCUUCGCGCAACACGUCAACUAUCACGCCAGGGUAACAACCAAGCGUCCCAGCCGGCCAAGGCGAUGAACAACAACUUCAACACUAAUGCAACUGUCGCUUUCCAGCCUCCAACGAGCACGGCCGACACUCCAAUGGACUCCAGCGCCCCGUCAAGCGAUUCAGAGGCCGAUCAGGAUGACCCGAUCUCUGAAAAUGAUGAUAUGGGCAGAUUCAGCUCCAGCGACGACUCCGACACUCCCCUCCGACCUGCUCAAGCGACUCAACUUGAUGAUACAACAUCGCAAGUGUCAGCAGAAGACUUCACGGUCCAAGUCCACCCGCAUAUCAUUCAUGCUGCCCACGACCGCUUGAUACAAACACACACCGCUAUCCCAGAGGACUCGCCGAUCUGGUAUCGAGCGCAACUCUCACGCGAUACCACUAGCCAUCAUGGCAUAGUCGCGCACUCAUUUCCCAGCACAUACAACUGGUUUGAGGUACUUCAAGACGCCGAAUACGAUCUUGACCCUUCUCCAGCACCGUACAACAUGAAGAUUGCAGGGAAUGCCAACUUAUACGCCGCUUACUGCCGAUCACAUGCUGAUCUUCACGCCUACUCGACAAUCAACACAGACGUUGAAUCCAUGACGAUCGGUGAGCUCACCGACUACCUGGAACACUAUGCCAACUGCUAUCAUGCGGAAGAAGACCCAAGUGCGGCUCUCGCAAUGAUUCAAGCAAGCCCGGGCCAUCUAGCUCCACUACUUGAUGUCCGAACACCCAAGAACAUGUCGGUGCUGCAUGCCAAGCUCCCUGGCCACGCUCUCCAACGAUACAUCCAAACCAAUGACUUCUACUUUCCGCUCAUCAAGACGGCCAAAAACAAAGCUCCAGGACCGGACGGACUACCCGUGGAAUACUACCUUACCUUACAGACCCUCACAACUGGGCACGUGUUCUUGAAGUUUGCUACACCAACCAGCUUGACAAAGAACGCAUGA